GAAAGAAGAAAAAGGCUAGACAGUGGGAGCAUCCACGUGUCAACAAGCGAAUCUCCCACAAAAGCUCAUACCGAUAAUGGCGGCUUCUUGCUCAAAGCAUGAAUCGCCACUCACCCCCCUCCCACCUCCACUCACAUUCACGCAAAACUGUCCACUCCUUCAUCUCCUUCAAAGAUUUAGCAUCGCUUUCUCACCCCGUCCAUUUUCGCUUUCUUUUUCUCUCUUUUGGUCCUUGCUUCACGCCUUCACCUUUUCUUGUACAUCCCCUGUAUUGUUUAUAAACACACACACACACACAUGUAUAUAUAAUCUAAAAUAUAAAAAGAUUGAAUCUUUGCAAAGAUUUAUUUUGAUUUCCCAAACAUAAAUUUCGGUUAUUCUAUUGUUGUUCAGUUUGAAUCAUGGAACACAUGUUUAGCCGUCCACGUGUUCGAGUAAAGGCCUCAAAGGCCAAUAAGUAUAUGUUUUAUUAACAAAAGAGAAAUUGAAGGUUGCUUGUUAAGUGAAUGUUGAUUGUUGAGAGGGCGAUUAGUAGUUGACGGAUCACAAGAGCGUUUGAAGAGAAGAAUGGCACCUGGGACCUGUGGUGGGGAAUUACAGAAUGAGGUAUGUGAUGAGGGAAUUGUUUCCGAUGUAGAUGGAAAUCAGGUACAGAUUGAUAUUUCAGGCCAUGGAAAUGCUGGGAAACCUCCCAGGAAUCUCAUGAUCCGACAUAGUAUUAGUCAAGCAACGUUGGCAGGUAUCUUUGAAUUGGAGUCAACAAAUCAAAUAACAGGUCUCAAAUCUCCCCCACUUGAGAGUGCUGGAAUUGUCCCUAUAUUCCGGUCAGGAAGCUGUGCUGAAAUGGGUCCAAAAACUUAUAUGGAAGAUAAGCAUGUCUGUGUGGAUAAUCUUCACGAACAUUUUGAUAAUGCGUUGGAGUUUCCUUCUCCAAGUGCCUUUUUUGGGGUGUUUGAUGGGCAUGGUGGUGUUGAUGCUGCAUCAUUUGCUCAAAAGAAUCUCCUUAAUUUCAUUGUUGAGGAUUCCCAUUUUCCGUCUGCAUCAAAAAGAGCAAUCAGGAGUGCUUUUGCAAAAGCUGAUCAUGCACUGGCUGAUGCUAAAUCGCUUGAUAGUUCAUCUGGGACAACUGCUCUGGCGGCACUUAUGUUAGGACGAACCACGAUAAUUGCUAAUGCCGGGGACUCUCGUGCUGUACUAGGGAAACGAGGAAGAGCAAUUGAGUUAUCAAAAGACCACAAACCAAAUUGCGCAUCUGAAAGGCUGCGAAUUGAAAAACUAGGUGGUGUGAUUUAUGAUGGUUAUCUCAAUGGGCAGCUGUCAGUUGCACGAGCUCUUGGAGACUGGCACCUGAAGGGUCCCAAAGGGUCAAAGGGUCCUUUAAGUGCGGAGCCAGAGCUAGAAGAGAUAGUGUUAACGGAAGAGGAUGAGUUCUUGAUCAUGGGGUGCGACGGUUUAUGGGACGUGAUGAGCAGUCAGUGUGCAGUGACGAUAGUGAGGAAGGAGCUAAUGGUGCACAACGAUCCGGAGAAGUGUGCGAGGGAGCUCGUAAGGGAAGCACUCAAGCGCAACACAUGUGAUAACCUGACGGUAGUAGUUGUCUGCUUCUCUCCCGACCCACCCCCUCGGAUAGAAAUCCCAAGAUUCUCGAGGAGGAGGAGCAUAUCGGCUGAAGGACUAGAUCUUUUAAAAGGAGUGUUGAGUAGCAUAUAAGAAAAGAGACUCUUUCUAUAUUUUUCUAGUUCCCCCAAGGUUCCGCUGUUCCUGGGUUAGUAUAUAUUCAUUUGGAUCCCUCGAGAGAAAUCAUUGCUUUCCUUCACUUAUUACAUGUCACAACCAGUUGUUGUAGUCAUACCAUAAAUUAUCAAUAAUAAUACAGAAGCUGCUGCUGUAUUUGCAUGCAUUAAUUUGUAUGAAGUGCAUUUGCUCACGUGACAUAUAGCCCCAUUGCAAAACAUUAA